AUGAACGCGCAGACUCCCGCCGGAAGUAGGGCCGCUGACACCUUCUUACCGUUGUCUACAGAUGUGGAAGGCACGUCAGUUGGCAUACCAGCCAACGGGGCGACGUGGGACACCACUAUGGUGUCCUCAGAGGGUGUUACACGCGAUGGAAACCGACACCACCCAGAAACAACGUCACCUAUCGACGAGUAUCAACGACCCCGAACCCUUUCCAUGGCUGAAAGAGAUAUUGCAGAAGAACUCGUCGAGUUAGUUAGGAGUCAUGUCAUAGGGAUGAAGGGGUAUGAGAGUGAGGCGCAACGCGACGAGCUCGUGGCCGCCUUCAGACAUGCAACAACGCUACCUCCUGUUACAAAACAGUCUUUAAGCGAGCUCGACAUACAAAACAUCAUCAGCAACAUCAAACUACGCCACGACGUCAACUUUGACAAAGACUUGAGCUUCCGACCAAACAACGAGGGGCCCAGAGGUCAACAGAAAGUACGAUACUCGGACAGGUAUUGGCUAGCGUUGGAAGCUGAAUUGCACUUGUAUACACGCCUCUUUCAGGGUACGCCACCAUUUCGACCUUCGGGGCAGGUAAGCGCGUCUGUAUUCUUCCAACGUGCACAAAAGAGGGUACCGAAAGUGUUUGAGACGAUACACGAGGUUUUGAAGAGCUUGGUGCCUGAUAGAGACCACCAGAGAGUAGACGAGCAUUUGGAUGUACGGAUGUUGAUGCAGGAGAUUGAGAGAGGUGUAUGUGAUAUGGUCGCCUUGGUAGAGUGGACCGCACGUCUUCUGAAAGAGCACUGUGCUCCUAUGCGGGACGAAUGGGUCGACAAAAUGGUGGGGCUGAUGCGUGACGGUGCUGCAAACAACAACCUGAAGACCAUUGUUGCGAGCCUUCAAGAUUUGGUAGGGAUGCUCGAAACGAUGAAGCUUGAUGUGGCGAACCAUCAGAUACGGAAUCUCAAGCCGUUGCUCAUCGAAGAUACCAUCAACUAUGAAAAGCACUACCAUUUGGACCGGAUCGUGAAUAAACGCUCAAAGAUCAACUUUGAAGCAGCUCAAAGGUGGUGGGCUGGUGUUAUACAGGGCCUUCAAGUACAGCACUCAUCCGCAACCAAAGAUGUAACCCGGACAAGAUUGGAAAUGUUCUCGCAAGCAGUCGUUUCCAGUUUGUUUUCCCAGGACAUUCAGCAAGAGCUUCCGGACACAUUCUACCUCGACACCGAUAGGCUGCGAGCCUUGAAGUCGGAAGUUGAAGACUUGGUUCAAUUCGAGAUCUGUUUCAGCAUGUUCAACCAGUUGCGGAAGGGCUUUGGUCAUAAUGGAGCAAUACCGAACGCGACCAGAGACCACGUUCGCUCCUCAUUGUCUGCAAUUAUGGGGGAGUCCAUGGGCCACGGCUCGCAAGCUUGGAUCUACAACUCAGAGUCACUGUCGCUCGAGAUAUAUCGCCAAGCGCAAGUCAUUGCCGGACGAUCUCCAAUCUUCGACCAUCACAAUCUGCAGGCCACGAAUGAGUGCCUUCGCUCACUCUUCUACAGCACCUUUACAUGUCAUGCCUCGACACUGGAAGCUGUCCUCCUCGUGCAGGUUCUCGAUCACAUCAACAAGCAUAUCAACUCCUCACCUACCGAGCUCUACAACAGCCUUGUCGCAUCGCCACCACCAACCUCUACACCUUUCAUUACCGCACCACCCACUAUUGAUACGUUACCCUUCUACAACACGCCACAGGAUAGGCUGAGCGAUAUCUCCAAGCGUAUUUCACACAUUGUUCUUUUGCACUGGCGUAUCUGGGCACCCAUCGCAUACGUUCAAGACAACGCAUCAGGCGCCACCACCCAUCUCCCUCCUCCACCGCAACCAGCGGUCACACCAUCCGCACCAUCACAGUCCGCAUCCCCGCCACCACCCGCACCCAUGUGUCCUGCACCGGCCCCUGAGCAUGACGUACCGGUAGUUGGCAUGAUGAAGACAGGCGAACCGCCAGACCCAGGAUCAGGCUACGAGAGCAGCGUCUCUGACCAGACGAGACUGCCUUGA